UAUGGUUCCAUUAAUCAACCAAUCAGAGAUGAAAAUUCAUUAGAAGAAUCAGUUGAAACUAGUUCACAAGUUAAUCUUUUAGUACCGGUCAAAACGAACUCUUCAUCGUUUCUAGCUGCAUUAAAAGUACCUGGUGUUAUUGAAUAUUCAUUGACAUUAUUCUUCUCUAAACUAGUCUCAUAUACUUUUCUAUUUUGGUUACCAUUGUAUAUACUUGAAGAAGGCGGUUUCAAUCCAUCAUCAUCAGCUGAUUUAUCAGCUGUUUUUGAUGUAGGUGGUAUACUUGGUGGAAUUCUUGCUGGUUCCAUAUCGGACAGUACUGGAUCAAGUGCUAUUACAUGUGUAGUAAUGAUUGCUUUGUCAAUACCUACA